AGCUGCAGUGCCAGCUGGUUUCCCCGCUCGUCCAUCCUCUUGUGAGACAUGGACGAGUGCCUUACGGGUAUUUAACCUACCAUCUACCUCACCGGGAGGUAAGGUAGGUAAUCAGCUCACCUCGCAGCCCUCUAUAUUGUCUACUCUUUGCAGAUCGCACUUCCAGCGUUCGGGUCCUCCUUAGGCAUCAUGAGGUUGCUCUGCGGCCUCUGUCGGUGGUCCUGGUCAGGGCGCAGAACCAGCAAGCCGCUUCCCGCGCCCCCUAAACAAACGGCCAUCGAGAAAGCAGAAACCGUAAAAGCGAUGGAGACAAUCCCUCAAACGCCAGUGAGAGGAAACCCGGGCUACGAACCCGAUUGUUUGAUCGACAUCGAAGCUGCCUUCCACCCCAGUGCCGCAGACACCAUUUCGCUCUUCUUUUCUCAUGUCCAAUAUGCCGAGAUCUUUGCCGAUUACUUGAAAUCAACGUCGACCAGAAAUCGUGUAUGGUGGCAUUUCGCUUACGAGCGUGAUGCUCAAAACAAGAAGCACAUCAAACUCAUCAUCGGCGACCCAAUGGCAGACGUCUUCUUACCCGGAAGUUCCGAGACAAUCCUCAAGUUUUCGACCGACGAGGACGCCAAGGCAUGGGAAACCCUUGUCGGCCUAUGGAAGUACGCGUCUCAUUUACCCUCAAAUGAGCGACAAUUGAUCUCUACGGCAAUGAAGGGAGGCGAAUUUCGUAGAGAAUUUCAGGUACCACUCAGGGAGCUGCCAUCACCCUCUCAGCGAAUUCCGAAAACUCCCUGGUCAGCUAGUGUACUCCAAGGUGCGUAAAUGUUAAUUAUUGUCAUCCCUAAGCGCGUCAGAUUGAAACAACUAUGAAUCAUCUCACGACCUUAGGUACCUAUCUAAUUCAUCAAUAGACGAACCUUCUAGGUCCACGG